AUGGGUGGCUCGGCUGCAAACCGUAUGGGCCCAAGGCUAACCGAUGUGGUGAUGCCAUGGCAAGUUGUUCUUGAUCUGAGAUAUCAGCUCGUAUUUAUUGAGCUUCCACGCAAGCCGGCGUUGCGUAAUGUCACCACUGCCAUUGGCGACAGCGUUACCACGCAUAACAUGAGCUGGGAGCCAGCUAGAGCAGAGACGGGGGCUUUGCAGUAUUCGACUGACCAACACCUGUCUCCGGAUCAGAAGGGUGGUGGCGUGCUGACGGCUGAUAGUGAGGCAACACCGAGAAAGCAGGAUCCAAGGUUUGUUGAGGCUCUGGCCGAGCUCUCUAUAGGGUCACGGGGCAUGGCAGUGUAUUUGAACCACCUCCAAAAGGCCCCAUAG